AUGCCCGCGCGGGAACCUCUCGCCACCCCGCGCGCGCUCUUCUCGCCUUCCGCGCGGUAUCCCAUCGCAUCCCAGCGCGCGCUCCUCUUACCGCCCCGCUCGGCCUCCUCUCACCAUCCCGCGCGUGCUCCUCUCGCCUCCCCUCGCGUGCUCCUCUCGCCUUCAAUGCUCGCGAAUCUCUUGCCUCCCCGCGCGGCCGCCUCUCGCCUCCCCGCGCAGCCUCCUCCCGCCAUCCCUCGCGCGCCCCUCUCGCCUCCCCGCGCGUGCUCCUCUCUUCUCACCUACUCGUUCUCCUCUCGCCUCCCCUCGCGCGCCCCUCAAGCCUCCCCGCGCGUGCUCCUCUCUCCUCACCUACUCGUUCUCCUCUCGCCUCCCCUCGCGCGCCCCUCAAGCCCCCCCGCGCGUGCUCCUCUCUCCUCACCUACUCGUUCUCCUCUCGCCUCCCCUCGCGCGCCCCUCAAGCCUCCCCGCGCGUGCUCCUCUCUCCUCACCUACUCAUUCUCCUCUCUCUUCACCUUGCAUGCCUCCCACGCCUCCCCGCGCGUGCUCCUCACUCCUCACCCUGCGUGCUCCUCUCGCCUCCCCGCGCGUGCCCCUCUCUCCUCACCUCCAAUGCUCUUCGAUCGCCAACCUUGCGCGUGCCCCUCUCUCCUCACCCUGCGUGGGCUCCCCUCUCCUCACCUUGCGUGCUCCCCUCUCCUCACCUUGCGUGCUCCCUCUCCUCACCUUGCGUGCUCCCCUCUCCUCACCUUGCGUGCUCCCCUCUCCUCACCUUGCGUGCUCCCCUCUCCUCACCUUGCGUGCUCCCCUCUCCUCACCUUGCGUGCUCCCCUCUCCUCACCUUGCGUGCUCCCCUCUCCUCACCUUGCGUGCUCCCUCUCCUCACCUUGCGUGCUCCCCUCUCCUCACCUUGCGUGCUCCCCUCUCCUCACCUUGCGUGCUCCCCUCUCCUCACCUUGCGUGCUCCCCUCUCCUCACCUUGCGUGCUCCCCUCUCCUCACCUUGCGUGCUCCCCUCUCCUCACCUUGCGUGCUCCCUCUCCUCACCUUGCGUGCUCCCCUCUCCUCACCUUGCGUGCUCCCCUCUCCUCACCUUGCGUGCUCCCCUCUCCUCACCUUGCGUGCUCCCUCUCCUCACCUUGCGUGCUCCCCUCUCCUCACCUUGCGUGCUCCCCUCUCCUCACCUUGCGUGCUCCCCUCUCCUCACCUUGCGUGCUCCCCUCUCCUCACCUUGCGUGCUCCCCUCUCCUCACCUUGCGUGAUCCCUCUCCUCACCUUGCGUGCUCCCUCUCCUCACCUUGCGUGCUCCCCUCUCCUCACCUUGCGUGCUCCCCUCUCCUCACCUUGCGUGCUCCCCUCUCCUCACCUUGCGUGCUCCCCUCUCCUCACCUUGCGUGCUCCCCUCUCCUCACCUUGCGUGCUCCCCUCGCCUCACCUUGCGUGCUCCCCUCUCCUCACCUUGCGUGCUCCCCUCUCCUCACCUUGCGUGCUCCCUCUCCUCACCUUGCGUGCUCCCCUCUCCUCACCUUGCGUGCUCCCCUCUCCUCACCUUGCGUGCUCCCCUCUCCUCACCUUGCGUGCUCCCCUCUCCUCACCUUGCGUGCUCCCCUCUCCUCACCUUGCGUGCUCCCCUCUCCUCACCUUGCGUGCUCCCUCUCCUCACCUUGCGUGCUCCCCUCUCCUCACCUUGCGUGCUCCCCUCUCCUCACCUUGCGUGCUCCCCUCUCCUCACCUUGCGUGCUCCCCUCUCCUCACCUUGCGUGCUCCCCUCUCCUCACCUUGCGUGCUCCCCUCUCCUCACCUUGCGUGCUCCCCUCUCCUCACCUUGCGUGCUCCCCUCUCCUCACCUUGCGUGCUCCCCUCUCCUCACCUUGCGUGCUCCCCUCUCCUCACCUUGCGUGCUCCCCUCUCCUCACCUUGCGUGCUCCCCUCUCCUCACCUUGCGUGCUCCCUCUCCUCACCUUGCGUGCUCCCCUCUCCUCACCUUGCGUGCUCCCCUCUCCUCACCUUGCGUGCUCCCCUCUCCUCACCUUGCGUGCUCCCUCUCCUCACCUUGCGUGCUCCCCUCUCCUCACCUUGCGUGCUCCCCUCUCCUCACCUUGCGUGCUCCCUCUCCUCACCUUGCGUGCUCCCCUCUCCUCACCUUGCGUGCUCCCCUCUCCUCACCUUGCGUGAUCCCUCUCCUCACCUUGCGUGCUCCCUCUCCUCACCUUGCGUGCUCCCCUCUCCUCACCUUGCGUGCUCCCCUCUCCUCACCUUGCGUGCUCCCCUCUCCUCACCUUGCGUGCUCCCCUCUCCUCACCUUGCGUGCUCCCUCUCCUCACCUUGCGUGCUCCCCUCUCCUCACCUUGCGUGCUCCCCUCUCCUCACCUUGCGUGCUCCCCUCUCCUCACCUUGCGUGCUCCCCUCUCCUCACCUUGCGUGCUCCCCUCUCCUCACCUUGCGUGCUCCCUCUCCUCACCUUGCGUGCUCCCCUCUCCUCACCUUGCGUGCUCCCCUCUCCUCACCUUGCGUGCUCCCCUCUCCUCACCUUGCGUGCUCCCCUCUCCUCACCUUGCGUGCUCCCCUCUCCUCACCUUGCGUGCUCCCCUCUCCUCACCUUGCGUGCUCCCCUCUCCUCACCUUGCGUGCUCCCCUCUCCUCACCUUGCGUGCUCCCCUCUCCUCACCUUGCGUGCUCCCCUCUCCUCACCUUGCGUGCUCCCUCUCCUCACCUUGCGUGCUCCCCUCUCCUCACCUUGCGUGCUCCCCUCUCCUCACCUUGCGUGCUCCCCUCUCCUCACCUUGCGUGCUCCCCUCUCCUCACCUUGCGUGCUCCCUCUCCUCACCUUGCGUGCUCCCCUCUCCUCACCUUGCGUGCUCCCCUCUCCUCACCUUGCGUGCUCCCCUCUCCUCACCUUGCGUGCUCCCCUCUCCUCACCUUGCGUGCUCCCCUCUCCUCACCUUGCGUGCUCCCCUCUCCUCACCUUGCGUGCUCCCCUCUCCUCACCUUGCGUGCUCCCCUCUCCUCACCUUGCGUGCUCCCCUCUCCUCACCUUGCGUGCUCCCCUCUCCUCACCUUGCGUGCUCCCCUCUCCUCACCUUGCGUGCUCCCCUCUCCUCACCUUGCGUGCUCCCCUCUCCUCACCUUGCGUGCUCCCCUCUCCUCACCUUGCGUGCUCCCCUCUCCUCACCUUGCGUGCUCCCCUCUCCUCACCUUGCGUGCUCCCUCUCCUCACCUUGCGUGCUCCCCUCUCCUCACCUUGCGUGCUCCCUCUCCUCACCUUGCGUGCUCCCUCUCCUCACCUUGCGUGCUCCCCUCUCCUCACCUUGCGUGCUCCCCUCUCCUCACCUUGCGUGCUCCCCUCUCCUCACCUUGCGUGCUCCCUCUCCUCACCUUGCGUGCUCCCCUCUCCUCACCUUGCGUGCUCCCCUCUCCUCACCUUGCGUGCUCCCCUCUCCUCACCUUGCGUGCUCCCCUCUCCUCACCUUGCGUGCUCCCCUCUCCUCACCUUGCGUGA